UUUCCUUCUGCUGUCAUUUACUGUUUAUGUAUAGCUUUGUUUCAGAUUUGUUCAGGAUAGUCAUGUAGUGACAAAAGCAGUUAACUGGAGGUUACAGUAUUCUUUUUGUUCCUCUUCUUGGAUAUUUGUUGUGGUUUGAAAACUUUGUGGCUUAGCUAACCUUUGUAAAGAAUGUUUCUGGAGAAGCAUGUUUUGCUGCAAGCAGGAGAGAGGGCCCUUCAGCUUAAACUGAGAAUUUUGGAGCAUGCACUUGCUGCUUGGUCUUCAGAACAUGCAUGUAUAGGAUCACAGUACAAAGUUAGUCCAUUUAUCUUAAUGGCAGGUAUGAUAAUGAUGGAUUUAAUAGAAUGUAAUAUUUCAAUUUCAGUAUAUCUGGCUAACCAUGUAACAUAGUCUUUUGGGUUUAUGUCACAUGUUCGUCAAUAUUAAACUCCUGUUGAAUGAAGAAUUAUUUGAAUCUCCCUGUCUCUCAGGAACAUGUCUCACUAGCGUGAAGGUACAGGUUCCUCAGGAGAUCCUCUCAUUAAAUUGAUGGAAGGAAUCAAACUAUGUAUCAGUUUGAUACAGAACUUUUAUAACCAUCCAUUCUAAAAUCAUGAAGGAGGCCCAUCAAUGAAUAUCAAUUUUGGUGCUUUUAAUUUCUGAAUUCACACUGAAGUUAAAAAAGGAUUUGUCCUGUCAUAUUUCUGUUGGUGAUCCAGGUCAUAUAGGUCAUAGCAUGUAUCUGUGAGUUUGCUGCUUGAGCAAGGGUAGAGUCAACUGAUCUUCUGAAAUCUGCUUAUGGUUUGAGGUGGUAGCCUUAAAAUUUGUUCUGACCAAGUCAUUCAAGCAUUUCUCUGUAGGUCACCAAAACAGGUAAUUCAUAACUAAGCCUGAAUUAUGGGAACUAAUGAUUCCUUCUAUAUACCCAGAUAAAACCUCCCUCAUAGGGAAUACUUCUCAAAAAAUUGCUUUUCCUUUUUUCAUAAACUUUACAUUUUGAGGAAAUUCAGGCAAUCAUCAAUUUAGGUCAGACAUUUUUAGUAUAAAUUAACCUUAGACUGGGGUGUUAAGUUUUGAAACACUCACAGUAAUACCAUGUGUGAUGGUCUUGCCAGCUUUUCUGAGCUUUCAAAAGGUUUUAACUGCUCUGCUUACCUAAACAGCACAUCCCUGAUAGCAAUGUCUGCAGAGCAGAUGGGAAUUACAGCAGCACUGCUGAUCAUGUAGUAACACCUCCCACAAAAAAAAAUUUAGCCUUUUUCUCUGCUAAAACACAAACAAUUUAUUGGUCUAGUUUGCUAUCCUUGAAUAGAAUAAGAUUUAAGAAAACUAAGCCUGCCAAAAUUUUUGUGCUUAAAAUACUCUCCAUAACUCAUGCUGUUAGACCUUGGGAACGAUAUUUUUUCUGAGAAAAAUUCUCUCAUACUAAACUUGCAGUCAUUAUCCCUAUGCUGAAUUUAUCCUGAGUGUUCUGUGGAAGACAUAGGGUUUAUGCUCAGUGUUUCAGAUUUAUAAUCACUUCAGGUUAUAUACAGGUUUCAGCAUCUGUAUUUUAAUAAACUGUUUCCUUGGGACAUCCACAUACUCUUUCAAAACCUGUCAAAACCUUUUCUUUUUCUGAUUUUAUCAAGUUCUGCAAUGCCUGGCUUCUCUCCUAGUGAGAAGUUGUGUGGCCAUGUCCUCAACACUCACAGAUAAGACGUGGUCAGGGCAUGGAUUAUAGCCUGAGGUUCUUACACCCUACACAGACUUGCAUUUCAGUAUUUGGAAUUCAGACUAGAGCAGGUACAUACUAUCAGCAUGUAACUGGAUGAAAAAACCAUACCCAUUGUAAUAACAGCUGAUUUUUCUUUUACUCUCUGUAUGCAGUUGCUUCUCAGAAAUUCUGUUGGGAAGAAAAGAUGAAACACCUGGCUUUUUGUGCUGGUGUUUUUUGUGCUAAUGCAUUACUAGCUCUAAACAUGAAAAAUGAGAACAGUCACAUUUCUGUACUCACAUGACCCAUGGCUGAAAUACUGUGAGGAAUUUUGUUUUACUGGGGCUUGUUAGUCUGGAUUUUCUGCAAACAUUGAAGCUGCAUGGAAAAAGCACUUGGUCUUUUGUUUGACGUUUUCAGUGAUAGGGAUUAAAGGGGUUUUUGGUUUGUUUUUUUUUUUUUGUUGAAUUGCAGGAUUAAACUCAAAUUGGCAUUAAAAGUUAUGUAAAAUGUAUUAGUCUGUAAUUUCCUGGGAUUUGUGUUCUGCUCAUUUGUAAUUGCUAGGUCUCUUUAUGCAAAUAAAGAGGAGUUAUUGUGGUUGAACUGACCUCGUAGUGAAGUACUGGAUGAAAUGAGGAUUUGUCAGAGUAUUAGGUUUUGAGACAAUCUUGAGGAACCAUGUGGCAGAAUUUUGUUUCAGCUGUUAACUAGAACAGUUUGCAUUUCUUGUAGAGCUGUCUGUAGCCUGGGACAGAUACCUAGAGAGGCUCUAAAUAAAAUACAGACUAGAAUUAUUAACAUUUCAAAAUGUUCUGUACAACGUUUUCUGGAGCCCCUUCUGAAGAUGUCACAGAUAUUGAUAACAGUGGAUGCUUAAGGCCACUGUACUGUCAGGUACUUCCUAAUGAUGAGCUCUAUAUGCCUCUCUCAUCCUCAUUUAUUGAGCUGUCUACACCUGCUGGGGAAGGUGCAUGUGUAAUGAUGGGAAAAAUUUUACUGGAUAUAAAUAUGGCAGUUCUAGAAGAGUACAAUUCUUUCCAAGGUUCUUUUCUCCCUCGUGGACAUCUAAGCUCUAAACCAGAUGGCCCAAAUCUACCAAUGGCAACUGUUGAUAUCAAAAACCCUGAAAUUACAACUAACAGAUUUUAUACUCCACAAGUCAACAAUAUUUCAUAUACCAAAGAAAAGAAGAAAGGAAAAACUAAAAAGAGAAGAUUGACAAAGGCAGAUAUUGGUACUCCAUCUAAUUUCCAACACAUUGGACAUGUUGGUUGGGAUCCAAACACAGGUUUUGAUGUGAACAACUUAGACCCAGAACUGAAAAAUCUGUUUGAUCUGUGUGGAAUUUCAGAGGCUCAGCUUAAAGACAAAGAAACUUCAAAGGUCAUAUAUGAUUUCAUUGAAAAAACAGGAGGUGUGGAAGCUGUUAAAAAUGAGCUGCGCAGACAAGGUCCCCCGCGGUGGAGUGCUCCACCUCCGCCACCACCGUGCAGAGGAGGACCCCCUCCACCUCCACCUCCCCCUCCCCAUAGCUCGGGCCCUCCUCCUCCCCCUGCUAGGGGCCGAGGGGCGCCACCUCCCCCUCCUUCAAGGGCUCCCACAGCAGCACCUCCACCCCCACCUCCAUCUAGACCUGGUGCAGCAGUGCCCCCGCCUCCUCCCAACCGCAUGUAUCCUCCACCGCCGCCAGUGCAUUCCUCAGCCGCACCACCCGGCCCUCCUCCGCCCCCACCGCCACCAGCAAGCGGCUCAGCUGUCCCUCCGCCCCCUCCACCUCCUCCGCCCCCUCCUGGUCCUCCUCCACCACCAGGCCUUCCUUCAGAGGUUGAUCACCAGCUUCCAGUUCCUGCGGGAAACAAAGCAGCACUCUUGGAUCAAAUCAGAGAAGGAGCUCAGUUAAAGAAGGUAGAACAGAACAGUCGACCAGUGUCCUGCUCAGGAAGAGAUGCACUGCUAGACCAGAUACGACAGGGUAUACAGUUGAAAUCUGUAUCUGAUGGUCAGGAAAGUGCACCACCUACACCUGCACCCACCUCAGGGAUUGUGGGUGCGUUAAUGGAAGUUAUGCAGAAAAGGAGCAAAGCCAUUCAUUCUUCAGAUGAAGAUGAGGAUGAAGACGAUGAAGAAGACUUUGAGGAUGAUGACGAAUGGGAUGAUUGAUCAUAUAUUAUUAUAUAUAUAUUUUUUAAGGUGAAUGAUAUACUAAACACUGCUUUCUGUCUACGGAUUCUGUAAAAUUAUCAUGUAAAUGUUCUACCAAUUUGCUGUAUAUUUUUGUUGCCUUUUGCUUUUUUAUUAAUCUGUGCAAUACCUCAUUUAAUCUGUAAAGGUUUGUCAUAAUCCUCUACAAAGCUACUCCCUGUUAAUGUGUGCAAGUUUACACCUGGAUGAUAAUGUACAUGUGAAUACUUUCCAUUCCAUCAAUAAGGGAGUUUAAAUGUAAUAUGUGAGACUGACAAAAACCUUAAUGUAAUUUAGUUAUAAUGCAAGAAGGAAAACACUAUUUUCAUACCCUACUUUUUCUGUAUCUAAAUUUUCUUAUUAAAGCCUAGUAUAGCACUAUGUUCUUUAAGUGAUGCAGCUCUUAGUUUAUUUAGCCCCUUGAUUUCAAAUGAAAUGCUGUAUGAAUGUUGAGGCUGGUUUAUGCUAUUGCAUGGUUUCAAAUACAUCAAAACAUUGCAGGUCAAAUCUUAGCAGUAUGCUUUACAUAACACAAAAGCACUGCAGAAAUGCACAGCUAGUUGUGAAAGUUACCUUGCCCUAACUAUAGUACUGACUGCUAUUGAACAGCAGUAGUAAUUAAAUUCUUCAAUGGGGGACCUCUGUCUGAAGUUGAACAGGGUGGCUCUGUAUUGUCAUAGUGGUAAAGGCAACUUUGAUGCAAAUAAGUUCAACUUUUGGUUGGUUUGUUUUAGGGUGGGUUUCUGGGGGAUUUUUGGGGGGUUGGUUUUGUUGGUUGGUUGGUUUUUUUGUUUUUUUUUUCUUCCUGCUCUUACUUUCAGAAUGAAGAUGUCUAAAUUACUGGGGGCUGUAUUGGAGGCUGGCAAUCGCUACAGUUUGAUCUAUUUUUAAAAUCAAUUUUUUUGUGGUUUUUUAGGCUGAAGGGCUGCAUUUAAGGCUUGCUUCAAUAGCAUUUAAUUACUUUUUAAAAUUUGUAGGACAUUGGUGUACUAAUAAACACAAGUGGUAUUACUUUGCAGUCUUUGCUUUAUGGUACACAGCAGAUGCUGAAACACCAAUCCUACAUCCUGUAGGUUGGAAAGUCUCAUUAACUCAGAGUUAUACACUAUGGAGUGUAAAGUACUGAACUUUAGGGCAGUAUUUUGUCUUCAUAUGUUGGCUUUAAGACCAAGGGUUGAGAUAAAGAUCAAGAACCUGAUUCACAAGAAUAGUAUUUGAAUAAGUGGACAGAAAAUGGGAUUUUCAUUUCACAGCUUGCACAUUUAUAUACAUUGUACAUUGUAGUGCAGUAAACAUUGGCACAUCUGCCUAUUAUGAAAUACUAAUCUAUGCUAAGUGGGUAUUUGAUAUCUGCAGCAUUAAUUACUGUACUUACUGUAAUUUUCAGGUAGAAAAUCUUUUUAAAAACCACAUUAUGGGACACAGAAUGUUUAAUAAAGUCAGUUACAUUUGGAGUGUAGUUAAUACAUUGUGUCCUGGGUCUUUGACUGUAGUCAAGGUAUCAAACAAAAUUUAAGUUAUCAGAAAAGUAUUGACUGAAACCCAGUGUUGACCUGAUCUUGACAGGCUGGACCUGCAUGAUACGGCUUGGAUUUCUAACCCAGUUAUAACCUAGUCUUUAGCAAAUUAAUUUAGUUGUAGGAGGAGAAAAGAAAGUUGCUGAAAAGUAGUGGGAGAGGUAAGGUUGUAGUUAAAUUAUUCAGAGGACUUCCUUCCAAGAGUAAUUUAAGCACAUAACUUGAGUAAAAAAAAAUGCCAAGUGGUCUCACUUUCUUGCAGUAACUUUUUCAUUGGCCUCUGCUGCUGGAAACACUUCCUGCUAGCUUUGCUGCUGUAAUGGCUUGAGCUUUGGAUCAAGUGCAAGUGCAGCCUGGUGUAGCUAAUGGCAGUGGAGUUAGCAACUUGUGUAUAAGGAAAAUAUUUGUAUGGCUUUCUGGCACUGCACUCUUAUUUUUAUUGCAUAUAGGGCAUUUUAAAAUUAAGCAGAUGAGGCCUAGAAGUUUUCCUAACAUGUUACGUACUAGAUACGUUUAGCUGUUAUGUUCCCAAAAUUGGAAUUUCUGUAAUAUAGUUAAUAAUUAAGCAUCACAGUUCAGUAAUCAAAUUUCUCUUCUGGAUUUUGGGAGCUCUGAAGUUGCAUUCUUGAAUAAAACUUUGAUUUGUAGAUACUGGCCAAAGAAAGUUUUUGGGUUUUCUAUUUCUUCAUAUAAAAAGUACACUCACACCUGUGGUGUCCAGGUUAAUAUUUACUUUCCAGUAGUGUUUGUUCAUGAUAAAUUUCAGGCAUACAGACUGCAAUGGCGGUUAAGUUAGUCACAGCUGCAUGCUUCAGCACUCUGCCACUUUUGCUCUGAGCAGAAGACAGCAUUUCAUGAUACUGGUGCAUUGUUGCUAAACAUUGUAAUGAAGGCCUCUUAUAUAUUCUGGUUAAUUGACUGUCCAGAUAGCCUUAGCAAUUAACAAACUAGCAUGAGGCUUUUGUAUCUCAACACUCUAUGUGCAUAGACAAUAUCAGCUAGCCACUUGUACGUAUGAAAUUCGUAAGAACUUCUCAAUCAUUCAGUUUUCCAUUUAUCAAACUGAAAUUUUUAGUAUGUGAAUUUUUGAAAUGUACAGUGAAUAGGAUGUUGCACUGGUGGCAAUUCAUCAUGAAACAUAAUAAAAUUAAUUUGACCCAACUAGUGUAAAACUGUGUGGUUUUUAAGUGCUGAUUGCGGCACAGGUUUUAAAAUAGAUCUCUAGAUUGAUUACAAACUUUAAAAGUGACUUUGGCCACCUGGCUAAGUUCACAAAGCAGUAAAUAGCCACUGUCAAAUCGCAGUAGUUUCAUGUCUCUGGAAAGUUGGAUUGUGCUGUUGAGUAAACACAAUGAGUAAGAAUGUGACACCCCGUCCUCCUGGCAGAUCUCACCGCUGCUAAGCAGCCUCCUUGGAAACAGCUACUGCUGCAGGCAAGUGCAAUAAACCAGCAACAUUUCAAGGUCAAACAAACAUGGGAUCAUUAAUAAACAUUCUAGAAGAAGUUCUAAAUAAUUAACUCUUGUCAGUGGAUGCUCUAAUUUAACCUGGAUUAUACAGAUGUAAGUCUUUGUCCUGCACGUUAUAGAGUUUGACUUCAGGAUACUUCAGAAGUUUGCUUCUCUCUCCUAUAGCAUCUGAAGAGUCCAGCAUUUCACACUGUUACCUGGUGUACACUUUGUUUUGGGGUUUAGUGCUUAUCUGAUUUCUCAUCAUUAAGUGUGGGGCAAAGCUGGAACUGUUCAUUGCAGGAUGAGCUGAGGUAUAUAAUCAUUUCUUUCCCACUUCAUCAGCAGAAGGUUAAAAUAUGCUUUUGAAAGGAGGCUUUUUUUUAUUUGACAGUGGUUACUUGCCCAAGUAAGAUUCUUGUAAGGAGGAAAAGGGAGGAAAGUUCCUAUUGCUGUUAAGACUGUUAGCAGUCCACUGUAAAAGCCUUUAUCUAAUCAUUAGAGGAAUUCUUGUUCUAAUUAAAGUUCCUGAAGCUUAA